AUGUUUGAAGAGUACACCGAGGACGUAUGGUCUAUCAAUGAUGAAGGAACAGAGGUGAUACGGAAAACCUACGGUGAAGAACCAAUCAACAGAGAUUUCUUUGAGAACGACCAGCAGUGGAUCGAUGAUGAGAACCAGGAAUUCGGUGUCAAGGAAAGGAGAACGCAAAAGGAACAGAAACUUGACAGCAUUCCCGAAGAAGAAGCACCCAAGGAACAACAACAAGAACUUCAAGAUGUACCUAGAUCAGCAUCUGCAGGACCGCGUGUGAUCCAAGGAAUGGUUUUCGAGCACAACGAUGAGGAGUUACCGGAACCGGAUCUGGAACCUGAUGAAUUUUGGCCAGAUUCAGACUAUGGAUCUGAUCAGGAAGAUGACAUUUUUGGGAACGAGGAUUCUGGACCUCCCAGUCUUACAGAUCAGGAACUCCGAGAUUUGGAUCGGAAAGCUAUGGUGACAGAGAUUGAUCGCCUCAUUGCCAUGCAGGCAGUUCAAAGGAUAGCCCUCAGUGAGAUUCAGAAACAAGAUGGAACAGGUGAAGCAGAGUACUAUGCAGGAAGAAAGUGCAAGGUGAACCUGUAUCUGGAUUCAUCAGAACAGUUUGUGCAUCCGCAGAUGUUCUCCUACUUCAAGGAACUAGGCCACCUAGUCCAGGAACUCUGUGAGAGCCAUAUCCCGGAAAGGAACGUAGAAGGACCAGAAGAAGAAGAAAGUGGAAAGGAAAGUGAAGAAGGAAAAGAGAUGGCACAAGCCGUGAAGGAACUUAAGGAGAUCAUGGCGAAGCAGAACGAGUGUAUGCAGGAACUGAAGCAAGACAUAGCAGGAAUGAAAGAACCGGUGCUUCAGCAAAGCCAGUUGACAGCAUUGGCGAUAAAGGAACUGACCAAGGAAGUUAGGGACCUCCAGGCCAACUUCAAGGAACUUCAAGGAAGAUGGGAUGAGUUCAUAGAAGAGGAAGAAAAGGCAAGAGAAGAGUACGCAAAGUACUUUGAAGAGCAGGAAAAGCUAAAGGAAGAGUUCAGACAGGAACGUGACCGUUUUCUGGAAAAGGAACUGAGGAUGGAAGGCCACCAUGGACCAAGAACUUCUACGUCACCUACAAGGAAAGAAGUAGAAGAAGAGGACAUCAGCCAGUACAAUGACCGCGGCUACUUCGACAGGAAGCAGGAAGAAGAGGAAGCCGAGGAAGCACUAGAGGAGAACGAGAACGAGUACUACACACAGGCAGACAUUGCCCAGAAGGAAGCAAAGAGAAAGGAACAGGAAAAAGGUUUCAAGCCACCUGUGGACAAGAGCCAGGAAUACAAGUACUACACCGAAGGAGGCCAUAUCUACAGGCAAAGCCACAAAACAGGAGAGAAGACUUGGUGGAACUACGACUACAAGUACAAGCACCAGAAAGGAAAAGGAAAGGAAGCCUACGAGAAGGCAGGGAAGGGAAGCCGACCACACCAGCCCUUCCAGCCACGAGAUGAAGAGGACAAAGCAUACUGGGUAAAGGACUUUGUCAGAGAAAAGGACCCCAGCGAUGAGACAGACAAGAACUAUUACGCCGUCUACCCCUACGAUGGGAACGACUACCAGUGGAAGUGGAACAGCGAAAACCACCAUUGGUACUUUUUCGACUUGACCGAGCGCCGUUGGUACAAGCAGGAAGGAAUAGACCCAAAAGGGAAGGACACUUGCUUGAUGCAAGAGCAGAAGUGGCGCAACUUUAAAGGAAAAGGAAAAGGAAAGAAAGGAAAGAAGAGCAAAGAUGAUGAUGAUGAAGAGAUGGCCAAGCACUCACCCGAGUACUACGACAUCGAAGCAGGAAAGCAAAAGGAGAAGCAAGAGCCAGAAAGCACCAAGGACACGAAUUUCCAGUAG